AGAACUGACAACUUGUUAUGUUCGGUAAAACUUUAUCUUAUUAAUAGAAACAAGAGUAAGGUUAAAUAAUUAUGAAGAUCAGAGAAAACCAAAGAGCAGAACAAAUGGGAAGCGCAAAAAGCGAGGGGGGGAAGUUGUUGUCGUUACCUGAGGAGAGAAGCGAAGAACCGUCGAGGAGACAGAAGGGCUUAUGCCCAGAUCACGGAUGGACUGUCGUCUUCUUGCGAGAGGUGAAGACACUCGGUGACUUAGCAGCUCCAAUGGUGGCGGUGAAUCUCUCACUGUUCUUGUCGCAGGUCAUACCGAUGAUGAUGGUGGGUCAUCUCGGCAAGCUCUCUCUCGCCAGCUCCUCUCUCGCCACUUCCUUCUGUGGAGUCACCGGAUUCAGUCUUCUUUUUGGGAUGGCGAGUGCAUUGGAAACGCUCAACGGCCAAGCUUAUGGAGCCAAGCUAUACAGAAAACUGGGCCUUCAAACUUACACUGCCAUCUUGUGUCUAAUCUUAGCAUGUUUUCCUCUGUCUCUGGUAUGGAUCAACAUGGGAAAGCUCCUCGUUUGGAUCGGCCAAGACCCAUUGAUUUCACAAGAAGCAGGCAGAUAUGCUGCCUGUCUUAUUCCCGGAAUGAUUGCAUACUCUGUCCUUCAGCCGCUUUUCCGUUACUUUCAGACACAGUCUCUGACAACUCCUAUGCUCCUUAGCUCUUGUGUCACUCUCUGUAUCCAUGUUCCACUCUGCUGGGUCUUUGUUUUCAAAUCAGGUCUUGGCAAUCUCGGCGGAGCACUGGCGAUCAGCUUAUCAUAUUGGUUGAACGUCAUUUUUCUCGUAACGUACAUGAAGUUCUCGCCCACGUGUUCUGAAACCCGUGGCCAGAUAUCUGUGGAGAUAUUUCAUGGAGCCGGAGAGUUUAUGUGCCUUGCUGUCCCUUCUGCUGCAAUGAUUUGCUUAGAAUGGUGGUCAUAUGAGUUGAUAAUCCUGCUGUCAGGGCUGUUGCCGAACCCACAACUAGAAACCUCGGUCCUAGCAACAUGGUAUUUUCUACUUUUGAAGCUAUCACCGGACCCACAGACUGUAUCUUAUGUUCAUAACUUCAUAUUUGAGCUUCUUGUUGUUUUUUUUGGUGUCGUGAGCAGCCUUCAAACUGUUACAACUCUCUAUACGAUACCCGAAGGCCUUGGUGCUGCAGCUAGUACUCGGGUUUCAAACGAGAUAGGAGCGAGAAAUCCCCGAACCGCAAAUCUUGCAGUCAAUGCAGCAAUGUGUAUUACAGUCACUGAGGCAAUUGUGAUGGCCAGUACCCUCUUUUUCAAUCGGCACACAUUCGGCUAUUUUUUCAGCAAUGAGAAGGAAGUCAUUGACUACGUCGCAACCAUCACUCCUCUGCUUUGCCUGACCGUCUCUCUGGACAGCAUACAAGCAGUGCUCUCGGGUAUUGCAAGGGGAUGUGGGAAGCAGAAUUUGGGAGCUUGGAUCAAUCUUGGUGCCUUUUAUCCAUGGGGAAUACCUAUAGCUGCAACUCUAGCUUUCUGGCUAGACUUACGUGGACUUGGCCUAUGGAUCGGAAUACAAGCCGGCACUUUUAUGCAAACUGUUCUGCUCUCGAUCUUAGUAACUUGCACGAACUGGGAAAAACAGGCGAUUGAAGCUCAGAAGAGAAUGCAAACGGACAGCAGAGGAAUCGAAGAAGAGACACAACUGCUCUGCUAGUGAUAGACUUAACGGAUUAACAAGUAGCAAAACCAAAUUGAUUCAGACAAUCAUACUUAUCUACACGGUUAGUCUGAAAAAAACGUCAUUUCUUAUCCAUAAAGCGAUCCUUUUGGUGUC